GUAUUUUCGUCAAUUUAAACCCAUGCCCAAGAAAAUUCCUCUUAUAUAAAUAAUAAUGUAAUUCAGAUCCGAUAAAAGAAAGAAAAGCCACACUAAAAGCUCCACACAAUUCAUUUCUCUCUCUAUAUCUCUCUCACACACACACACACACAGUACAACACAGUAAAUUACAGAAAUGAGCGCCACCGCCAACGGCGCUGCCGCCGAACCUCUGAAGUUCCUGAUCUACGGCCGAACCGGCUGGAUAGGCGGGUUGUUGGGCAAGAUAUGCGACGCCCAGAAAAUCGAAUACGUAUACGGGUCGGGUCGUCUGCAGAACCGGCCGGACCUCGAGGCCGACAUCGCCACCGUCAAACCGACACACGUUUUCAACGCCGCCGGGGUCACCGGCCGGCCGAACGUGGACUGGUGCGAGUCCCACAAGGUGGAGACAAUCCGGACCAACGUUGUCGGCACGCUGACGCUCGCUGACGUGUGCAGGGAGAAGGGGCUGGUGUUGAUUAACUACGCCACGGGUUGCAUCUUCGAGUACGAUUCGGGUCAUCUUCUCGGGUCGGGCGUCGGGUUCAAGGAGGAGGAUACCCCCAACUUUAUCGGAUCCUUUUACUCCAAGACUAAAGCAAUGGUUGAGGAUUUACUACACAACUACGAGAACGUGUGCACAUUGCGAGUGAGGAUGCCAAUUUCGUCGGAUCUUUCAAACCCUCGUAACUUCAUCACAAAAAUCACGAGGUACGAGAAAGUGGUGGACAUACCGAACUCAAUGACGAUACUAGACGAGCUCCUUCCGAUAUCUAUCGAGAUGGCAAAGAGAAACCUCACCGGGAUAUGGAACUUCACUAAUCCCGGAGUCGUGAGCCACAACGAAAUAUUGGAAAUGUACCGCGAGUAUAUCGAUCCGAGUUUCACUUGGAAGAAUUUCAAUCUUGAGGAACAAGCUAAGGUGAUUGUCGCACCGAGGAGUAACAAUGAACUUGACGCAUCUAAGUUGAAGAAGGAAUUCCCGGAAAUGUUGGGUAUUAAGGAAUCGCUUAUCGAGAACGUUUUCAAGCCGAAUAGGAAGACACCCGUCGCUUGAAAAAUCACGGGUUAUUGUUUUUUUUUUGUGUGUGUGUGUUUGCUUAUUGUGGAACGUUACGUUUUUCGGUUUCCUUUCAAUGUUUAUUUAACAUGCAUCAGUUUAAUUUUUUUUUAUGGGUAUUGAAUUUUGUAUUGUAUUGAUUUUCAUUUCUGAAUAAAUGAGAUGGACAUUUUUACUUUAA